GGCAACACAUCAGUGUGGCGAAUCGAAUUAAAGCGUUUUGUAUGGUUGACUCAGUGUUAAGUUGGAAAAAGUGUUAAAUUGUGUACAAAAUUAAUGCUUUUAAAAUGUCGCAAAGUGAAAAUUCGAAUAAUAAAAUGGACAAUCAAUGUGACAAUGGUGUACCGAAAAAUGAAAGUGAUGCGAGUGAUGUGAAAAAUUUGAUCAAAGAACGGAACAAAAUUCGUCGAGCAUUUUCAAUGCCGCGUUCAAUUCCAUUAUCAUUUCGCUUAUCUGUAUCACGACGGAAAAACAAUAAGGAUAGUUCUGCGAUAAAUGAAACAAAUGCCCAAAUAAAUGCUACUACAGAUCCGGCCGUGUCUAUACCGAGCGAUAACAAUUGUUGUACGGAACAAACGAAGACGAAAAACUUUCGCCGUUCCUGGAAGAAAUUUCUAUCUCGAGUUGCACAACAAAUGACUUCAAUAAAUAUCGGUGCCAAACAAACUACUACAGACAGAGUGCCACCACUGGGAGGAUAUGUGUGGCCACCCGAUCAAAUUCCUGGCGUAACCGGUUUGAAAAACCACGGAAAUACGUGCUUUAUGAACGCAGUGUUACAGUGUCUCAGUCACACAGACAUUUUGGCCGAAUAUUUCGUUUUGGAUCAAUAUAAGGCCGAUCUGAAAAGGAGGAACAAGUUGACGUCACGAAAAUUUGGUACAAAAGGUGAAUUAACCGAACAAUUAGCCUUAGUACUAAAAGCAUUGUGGACGUGUAAAAUUGAAUCCGACUACAGUACCAGUUUUAAGGCGGUUGUUGAUCGAUACGGAUCGCAGUUUCGCAGUUCAACUCAACAUGAUGCUCAAGAGUUUUUAUUUUGGUUGCUCGAUAAAGUGCAUGAAGACUUGAACACUGCUUCCAAGCGAAAAUACAGAUCGAUGAAGAACAACUAUGGUCGACCGGAUGAAGUGAUCGCCGCAGAAACUCUUGCCAAUCACAUUCGAUGCAAUAAUUCAUUCGUACAGGCGGUGUUUCAAGCUCAGUUUCGAUCGUCACUGUCAUGUCCCAGGUGUCACAAACAAAGCAAUACUUUUGAUCCUUUCCACUGUAUUUCGGUUCAGUUACCCCAACUGGCGCAACAAGCGGUUUUUGUUACUGUUCUGUACGCUAGUCAGCAUCCGCGUCAAGUGAAAUUAGGUCUCGGAGUACCACCAGGUUCACCGAUGGUGGCAAUACGCGAACAACUACAAGCCGAUACUGGCAUACCUCUCGAGCGUAUAGUUUUGGCCGAAAUAACUGAAGCCGGAUUUAGUCGUGUGUUCUGUGAUUCACACCCAAUUUCAUCGCUGAGCGAAGAUGAUUCCAUUUAUUGCAUCGAAACGCAGAGUACCGCCGAUGAUUCAACAAACUUGACAUUGAUCGUGGCAAAUGUUCAACGAAAUGAAAGUGAUGGCGCUUGCAAGCGUUUUGGUACACCAUUUUGCCUGCAAGUCAGCCGUGAUGUUUCCUACAAUGAAUUACAAAAGAAAUUGCUGAAAGAGAUGCAAACAGUCCUGAAAUCGGACGUAUUUUCCUACAGUACACCACCAUCGAAAAUGUUCAAAAUUCGCUUACAGGAUGUAUCAGCCGAUCCUGACACGUACAUCGAACCAACGGUCGAACAUCCGCUGUUUACCGAAAUGAUUGAUCUGGCAUUAGCAAUUCUGCCAAGUGACGGAGGACCUCCUCAUGUUAAACUAUUACUGGAAUGGUCGGAGCCUGAGAAAUAUUUUAGUGAUUUGACAGAUCCGUUUGUCGAACAUGAAAGUGUGUCACAGAUGAAGGAACGAUGCAACGGCAAUUCAAGUCUAACAUUGGAACAAUGCCUUGAACACUACACCAAAGCCGAAACGUUGAGUGCAGAAGAUGCAUGGCGUUGUCCGCAUUGUCAAAAAUAUCUACCAGUUGUCAAAACAUUGGGUCUAUGGUCGCUGCCAGACAUUCUGGUGAUACAUUUCAAACGUUUUCGUCAACAAUACAUCAAAGGACCACAGGCUGCGAAGCUUACAACAACAGUGAAAUUUCCGCUACAUGGAUUCGAUAUGACUCCGCACUUGGCGAGAGAUCCGAAUGUGAACAUCAACGAUAGUGAAGAGAAUUGGAGUCCUUGGCGAAAACAGAAGAGACGUGAAAAUUGUAUGCAGCCGAAAGAUAACCGCUACGAUUUGUAUGCGGUAUGCUAUCAUCAGGGAGAUACUUUGGAGACCGGUCAUUAUACGGCGGCUUGCAAAAAUCCGUACGACCAUCAGUGGUACAAAUUUGAUGACCAAAAAGUUAGCCUAGUGCCAGGAGAAAAUAUUCCGGCCGAUAUUGUCAACAACGAGGCGUACAUGUUGUUCUACCAGCGACGUAAAGUCGAUAAUAUGGAAUGUUCGGGUACAAGUUCCACAUCGGGCGAUCAUUGGGUAUCAAAGAUAGCAGUCGCUCCAACUCUAGGAGAAGCACCGAGUACAUCGGUCUUACCAACUACUGAGAAAGUAAAUGCGAACAACAAGCGGAGUGCUGAAGUUGAAUGUGAACAGGUGAUUGUGGAUGCUGAUGUUGUGCCGAGUACAUCAAAAUGCGACAAGCCAUCCGUCGAACCACAAGUAAAUCCUCCUUCACCAGUCGCCGUUACUAAGUUUGAAGUGAAUGUCGAAAUCAACGAAUCAAAACCGGUUGUUAAUGGAACCGAGGCCGUGACUAAAAUUGAUAAGAUCGAUGACGAUGUGAUUGACGUUGACGGGCUCGAUGGCAUUGAUGAUACCACGGCCACGCCCAUCGUUGAAAUACCAAAACUGGAAAAUGUCAAAGAGGACAUCCAUCACCAACUCGGUGGUGUAGAGCUUCGCAGUAGUCCAAUCAAAAAGGAUGACGGCUUGAGCACAUCUGUACCAAAUCAGCGAACGUUAUGGCCACAUGAGCACACACCUCCCGUAAAUCGUGGCAGUUUGUCUGAUAUGUUCGUCAGCAAUUUUCGGCGCGAUCAUCGUGAAUUGCGCCAUUCCAUGUCAAAUUCGUCAACAAUGCGACAGAAGGAAGAGACAAUAGCUAUGAUACGGGGAUCGAAUUCAUGCAGUAAAGACACGCUGUUGUUCAUUGAUCAACAAAAUCAUGGUCUGAUAGAUGAUGACUAUUUAGGCAACAGAUCAUUGUGGAUAUCACCUGUUACGCCACACAAACUGAUCACGGUGUCACCAAAAAAUUAAUAUGUAAGUCUUAACAUUAUCUAUUUGUAAAUUGUUUACUGUUGUAGAAUUAUGGAGAAUGUCCACAUCAAACUAUUGUAUAAAUUUCUAUUUAAACUUUGAAUGUAAAAAUACCUCCUGUUAAAAAAAAACAACCAAUUUAAUCAAACCAGAAAACACUGGCCAUUUCUAAUGGAAAGCAUCGUUCAUUUGCAAUAAAAUGCAAUUUCAAGUGCCAGUUUGAAUAAGUUUUACAACCGAAAUUCUUUUUUAAUUUAUUUAAAUGAGAAAAAAUGAUUAAUGAAAAUACAAAAAACAAAUAUUUUAAAGAUGGAUGAAUGAAAAAAUUAUUGCAAACUGUAAUAUUAGUAUAGACAGUACACAGUUGGUUAGUGUGUAUAAUACAAAUAAAGUAAAAACAGUCUUUGAUGGGCGAUUGCCUUCACUAGAAAUUAAUUUUUCUUUCUUUUUUUAAAGAUUGUCUUGACAAGCGCGUGUAUAUUGAAAUGUAACAUUUGUAACCAGCAAGUCAGAAAGAAAAUGUUCCUUUUCCUCCUUUACUUUUAUUUAUUUUAUCCUUGCUCGUCUUGCAAACCUUUUAAAAUUCCUUACAUCGGUGAUUUGUUGAACUUUCCUUUCUCUAUUAAUUUAUUUCCUCUUCAGACUGAGAGCGCAAAAACGUUUACAUCAUCGUACUCCAAAUUGAAACCUAUGCCAUGUAUCGUUACACUAACUAGGACUAGAGAUAUGGGUUCCUAGACUAUUGUUUUUAACAGAUAGGACGCGGACCUUACAAAAACAGGUCUAGUUUAUAUCAUGUCAGUCAAGGUUGAAGGUUACGCGAAAUUACGAACGUCACAGUAAGAUGGACAAUUAAGCCUCGUUUUCCAGUGUUUAACAUUACACUACAAAUCGGAUCAAUGCGAUGUUGACAGCUCAUCUGAUUUUAUGAAUGGAAUUAAGGAUUGCCAUCAACAAAAAAUUUGACAUUUGUGGCGAAUAUUUUCGCGUACGUCGUUGCGGCUAGGGUCAGUUAGCGACGCACAAUUUCUUGUGUGUUAACUGUCUAUUACAAUACCUUUAUUUUGGUACGUCUCUACGAUACUAAACAAAGGUUCCAGAACAAACAUUCCUAGUCUAAGAUAGCGUAACAAUAUAUGGCAUUGGCUUCGAUCCGCCGAGUAGAGAGGUAUUGAAAUGUUUACUCUUAGUCUCCUAGUCUUACUUGUAAUCAAUUAAUGAAUAAUAAUCAAUGAUUGACACACUCUUCCUAUCCAACUCAAUUCCUAAAUUAAAUUUUUUGUUUUUUUUUUAAGAUAAAAUUGAGAACAGAGAAAUGAGAUAUACAACAAAGAAAAUUUAUGAUUUUAAUUAUUAUUGUAGAAAAACGAGUAAAUAUAUAAAAUGUAGACGAUAAGAAUUUAAUAUAUUUUUAGACGGUAGUCGGUGCUUCUCAACAAGGCAUUUAAAUUUUUAUUUUAUUAUUAUUAUUACAUUGAUAAACAACACGCACGUGUAUUGUGUAUAAGUGAGAAAAAAAAUUAUUUUAGAAUUUCAAAUCUAAGCUUUAGACAGUCACAUAUACACUUGUUACCAUCGAAAUUACAAAUUAAAAUGGAAAUAUUUUAGAAAUUUUCUUUUUAUUAUUUUAAUUUAAUAAGAAACAACAACAGAAACUGUUAAUCAAUGCCUACAACGAGGCCUAAGAGAUCAAUCGAUUCAUGAUUCACAAAAAUGAAUGGAACGAUUGACGUCAAGAGUUUUAAUAGAAACCAAUCAACUUUGGUGAAUAAAUUUGUCUGCAGGAAAUUAAAUUCCAAAAUCGAUUCAAGUCAAAUGCUAGCCUAUCUGAAUGGUAAUGUCUUUUCAUAUCUACAAUCGAAGCUUUAAAAAAAUGUUUUCUGUACCAUAAUAGACCGCUGAGAUGGUAGAGAAACUGAGCAGGAUUCUCCUGCACCUCGUACUAUUGGUUUAUAGUAGCGAUUAUAGUAGUGAAAGUUAGUGGAAAAUCACAUUCCCGUUUUAUUUUCAACUGAACUGAAACUGAAUAACCUUGCUCCUACUUCCCAUUCGUUGAAAUCAAACUAAAUUGUCCCAGUAUCGGUCCUGGCAUAUACAAAAUUUAUCUGUUUUCAUGCUUGGCUGGUCUUUCUCAACACGACGUUUUUCGAAAACAACAAGAAAAGAAGAAAGUUUUUUUAGGAACUUGGUUCUCUGUGUUCAGGUCCAUACGGGGUGGAAAUGAAAGUCUCAAAAGUUCGAAAGACGUAGAUUUGAGACAGGGAGACUACGUAUAUUCAAUUUUCAUUUUUUUAAUAUGGCUUUCGUUGAUAUCAGACUAGUGCUGAUAUGAAAUCAAUUGCCGUUAAUUACCAAUUCGUUUACUGAGGAAAAAUCACUUUUGCCCGAAGGAAAAACUACGUGAGCAAAUCUUGUCGCUUCUAUUGGCGCAGAUUUUCGUCACCAAUAGCAAAUACCAACUGUCCCAGUAUUUUGCUCGCAUAGUUUCCCGCUCGAUUUUACCUGACAGUCUUUAAAAUGUUUUACUUUUCUUUCAGUUGAAAAUAGUAGAAAUUGUAAUGGUAGCAAAUGGUAAAGUAUUAAGAGCAUGAGUAAUAUAAGUCCUCAACCUUCGUAGGUGAUUGACAUUGCCAUUACCUUACAACAUUAGCAAAACUUUAAGAGGCGACAACACAGUGAAAAUGGUAAAAGUAUACCGACAUUUCAAAACUUUUUUUUUUCGGCAGGGAGGUAUGAAUAUUUAUCGUUCAUCUUGUAGUGUCAUUUGACGACUUGAACUGUUACAUAUAAAUAUAAAAUGCAUCCACACUCAUACAUUAGAAUGAAAAGCCCAACAAUUUUACUCUACAAUUCUCAGAUUGUGCCGAAUUUCAAUUAAAUUUAUACAUUUUAACCGAACUGCGUUUUAACACGGAAUUUUGACCAAAAUUGAAUAAAAUGAAAAUUAAACUAGUGAGAAAUAUAAUUAAUUAACCAAAAAAGAAAAUGUUCGUAGAAUAUGUUAACGAGUCACCGUAGAGUUACAAAUUUAAACAAAAUGAAAAAGCAGA